UAGUUUUGUUGUGAUUCUCCCAGCAGUCAGAUCCGAUUAGCCACUCCUCCGUUAGCAUACGGACGCUGCUGCCAAUGAUAGCUAACAGUUAGCGUUAGCUUAGUGUUAUCGCGAUUUGGGGAAAGAUGGCUCGGGACCUGCGAGGUUUUGCGCUAGAAAAAGCCGAGCUGCUUUCCAGCCAUUUGAAGGAGCUCUUGUCUUCGGGACAAGGAUAUGUCCGGGAUCAAUUCGGGGUGGAUUUUGGUCUGAAACCUGACGUGUACCCGUCGUGGGUCAUCCUGUCCACGGCCGCGUCGGGUCUGCUGCUGCUGCUCGGUCUGUCCUGGGCCGCCGUCUGUGGCUGUCUGUUCGCCGGGAAAAAGCGGGGUUCCCCGGGCAUCCGAGGCAACAGUGAGCCCGUCAAGGAGGCUAAUUUUGCUCAAACUGCCAAACCAGAAGAACAAAAGAAGAAGAACAAAAAGAAACUGCUUGAGAAGAACACUCAAUCCAAUGGACAACCAGUGGCAGCAGCUCAAGAUGCAGUUAAAGUGACAGAGGUUGUUUCCAAGCCAGCCCCACAGAUCAAAACCGAGAAGGUGCAUGAGAUACAGGCCCCAGUGCAGCUGAAAAAGAACAAGAAGAAAACCAAGGCAAAUGUGAAACCAGUCCAGCAUGCGUCUACAAAUGAUGGGAAGGAACCCGAUGAUGGUGCAUGGGAGACCAAAGUCAGUAACCGAGAGAAGAAGCAGCAGCGCAGGAAGGACAGGGGCCCCGAGGACUCUGGAAGCCCAGGAGGGGUGGAGGCUCCCAAGAGCAAUGCAGAGUCCCCCACGGCCGCAGCACCUGCCAACACCAAGAAGAACAGAGGAAACCAUGAGUCCUUGCAGUCAAGAGCUGCUGGAAAGAGGGAGACACCUAGUGGAGCGGUGUCCUCCAGCAGGAGAGAGGAGCCUUCAGUCAACGGUGGAGGUUGGACUGAUGCGUCACGUCAGAUGGGUGCUAUGGAGGGAAACAAGUGGAGUGCCGUCCCCACUGCUACCCAUUACAGGGCCCCACCGAAACCUCAGUCCUGGGGACAGGAGACACAAGCAGCGUGGAGUGGCAUUGAUGGCCGGAUAAAGACUGACCUCAACCCUGUGACCUUCUCCAUGCUGGGACUAAACACCACAGACCCGAUAUCAAACUCCAUGGAGCUGCAGUGGGCGAGGCCUCCUAAUGUUGAUGAUGAAUGGUCUGGAUUCAAUGGGAUGGCAACGGGGGACCCCAGCUCUGACUGGAAUGCCCCAGAGGAGCACUGGGGAAACUACGAGGAGCCCCCUGUGUUGGUGACACCAGCGGCUCCGCUAAAGGAACAGCCUGUCCCCAACAAGGUAUCGGAGGAUGAGAAGGACACCGACGAUCCUUCCGGUGGAGCAGACAAAUCCAAGAAGAAGAGGAAAAAGAAGAAGAAAACAGAAGAGGAGGCUGCAUCUGAGGCUCAGACUGUGAGCACAGUGACCCCGGUCAACGCAAAACCCAAACACCAAGAGCCUCCUGUCAUGGCCGCCAAAAAGCAGAAUCCCAGCACAUUGUCCUCUCAGAAGAAGUCCGAGCAGACCGCGGAUCCUCCGAAGGCCUCCCAGAAGAAAAAGGUCCGAAGGGAAACAUGAAGUCACACAGCUCCAGAAGAAGCAUAUGCAAAUGAUUGUAACACAUGUCACAUGCAAUAAUUACCAGGUACAGAGUUUCUUUUCUGAGAUACAUUAACAGUUCUUUAGUUACCGAAACAAAAAGAAUAAAAGCAGUGGCUAUCACCUGCUUGGCUAAAUAUAGUGAUGAGCUGUGGUCCUGUGGACUGAAAUCUUAACUAAUUUGCACUAUUUGCUUCAAACUGCAACCAGAGUGGAGUUCCUGAGGGAGGUGGAGGUUCAUGUUCAUGUAAUUAUCUUUUAUGGCAUCAAAGGUUUUUUUCUUCUUUUUGUUUCUCCCCCCCGUCCACAGGAAAAUACAAAACAGGUUUUAUUUUUUUGUAAUAUCAAAGUAAAAGUUACAAGAGAAGGAAACCGUUUUGCUCCCCAGAAUAUUGCACUUUCUUUUGUUUGCCUUGCUUCUGCCCCGCUAUCAAUAACUGAAAUGAUUUUACAGAGCGAUGGCCUUUAGAAGACAAAAUUGUGUCUUUGUAUUUUCCUUCGUUCUCUGGCUGAGGUGUGAGGACUACGCCCUGGCAGUCGGCCAUGACAAAACCCUGAAAAUAAACCUACGUGUGACUGCCGGGACAAAGUCCUGAUUUGGCGAAUCUCAGACUGCUGAAUUACUUUUGCUCAGAAAAAUGCGUUUUGUACCUUUUUUACAUUGUCGUCGCUGUGAGAAAGUAUUACCACACGGAGCCGGUAUGGACAUGAGAAAUGACCGACAACUCUUUCAACAAACAGAUUACAUGUGGGUGUUAAAAUAGGUUUGCCUAGCCUUUUAAAGUAAUACCUCAAAAACAUCUAUCCUUGCAGUACGAACACUCACUGCCUGUAGGCUGUGUGUUUCUAAACGCUCCUUUAUGAAGGACGGCAGCUGUUAUCAGGUUGUUUCUUAAAAACAAAAAAGUAUUUGGUCAUAGGAACUUACUCCACAACCAUCCCUGCAGCGUAAUCCACCUCUUAACUGUCCGUCCGUGUGUUUGUAUGUUCAAUGUUUUGCCACAAUCUGGCUAAAUACACUCCUGUCUGAGCUUCAGAGCAGUGUGGAGAGUCAUAGCGAGACACUACAGCAGUGUAGUUCGCCAGAUUUUCUUAAAACUCUAUCAAUCCAGAAUACACUUGACAGCUGAAACGUAACUAAUUUAUCAGUUAUGGAUCGGAUCUUUUCUUCAAAGAAGACGCUUAAUUAUGAAAUUUGGAUUCACACUGAGGACUGUAGAGCACAGUAACCGAUAUGAACCACCAGGAGGCAGUGUAAUGUGAAGUAAGGGAGUGGGGGGGAUUAUCCCAUAAAGCAGUAGCACUAUUAAGUAUUGUCCCCCUGCUUUUAUCACUCUGAGUGUGUAUCUGUCUUUAUCUGACUAGACUGUGUUGACUUUCUAGAGACUUAACUCUCCCCUCUGCACUUUUUUUUUUUUUUUUUCCUCUCCUUCCAGUUCUGUGCUAGAGAAAGCCAUGCCAUAUGUACAGAUUGUGAGGGCUUUUUCCAGUUCUGUGGUUGCACUGUGCAAAAAGCUGUAUCGAGUUCCCUUCGAUGUUGACUUGUUUUUUUACUACCUUUUUGCAGAAUGUGAAAUGUAUAAUUUUGGGCGGUUUAAGGAGACACCCAGGAUUUAUGACGGGGGGGGCUUUUUUUUUUUUUUAACUUAAACAGAAUGAGUAAUGGUGGAUACAUGAUGUAGAGCAGCUUUAAUUCCACUUCAAAGUUAAUUUUAAACAAGACACACACACACACAAUUACAAACAAAUAUAAAAGGAAUUUAACUCCGUUGCCUUAACCUGAUGUUGUAAAGAGAGUGCAUUGGCAUCCUUUUUUUAUAGUUUCCAACCAACUGCAAGUUUUGAUGUCAGAAGUUAAUUUAAUCUUGCAUGACUUUGAUAAUAGUACUUCUUGUGUACAUGAAAUGAAUGAUCUCUUGCUUUAACUGUUAGUACUUGCUUCUGGAGUACCACUCAGUACUCGAAUAGCUUUUUUUAAUGAGACGAAUUGCAGCUUUUCUGUUGGCACCCAAUUUAGCGGACAUUACCGGGAGUCCAGUUUUGUUGAAAGUCAAAGAGCCUCGGUGCAUCCAGGUGUUGAUUGGCUGCUGGUGAUGCAUAGUUCUUAGAGCUGAUGGGACACGAUGAUACGUCGCUGUGGCUUCAGGCGCCCUUUUUCUGUUUCAUUUCUACUGAUGAUUAAAAUGGAUUCAAUCAAUGUAUUUAUAUACUUGUCUCUAGGACAUGGUUAUAUCAAUGAUUUUAAUUUUUUUGGAGAAGAUACAAAUGAUAUUUCUAUGUUUGUUUGGUAAAAAUUACAAAUAAAUGAGAAUUGCUUGAUA